CUAAAGCCAUUAUAGCAGAUAAUUUUUGGAUGGUGAUAGUGGCAGCACUGUUUGGAUUCAACAGCUGAUGUUGUGUUCUUCUAAUAGGAACUUGGACUGCUUUCCAAGUACUUGUCUGGAUUAUUAAAACAAUAUCACGGACUAAAAAUGCCUCGAAACCCAAAGAAGAAGCUUGGUAGCCGGAAGUAUAAGGAUUACACAGAUGAAACGCUGAAAAUAGCUGUAGAAGAAGUGAAGAAAGGGUCAUCUUUAAGAAAGAUUGAUGAGAAAUUUGCUAUAUCAAGGUUUGCUCUCACUGCUGCCCUGAAAGGUAAGGUUAACAAAUGUGGUAGGCCUCCAGUUCUUAAUUCUGAAGAAGAAAGAAAAUUAGUUGAAUCUAUAAGCAUGGCCGGAGAGUGGGGAUUCCCUCUUACAGCACUAGAGAAAAGACUAAUAGUGAAAGGUUACCUGGAUCGGUGUGGCCGAAAUGAAGUUAGGUUCAAAAACAAUAUGCCUGGAGUUGAUUUUAUUGACAGUUUUCUCAAAAGAAACAGUAAAGAUAUUUCCAAACGGUUGGGUCAAAACAUUAAAAGAAGUCGAGCGGCUAUCAGUAGGGACAUUGUGAAUAACUACUUUAAUGAACUAGAAAAGACAUUAAAGGAUGUUGAUCCAUCAAUGAUAGUAAACUACGAUGAAACCAACAUGACUGACGACCCAGGGAGAAAACAAGUGAUCGUGAGAAGGGGAUCAAGGCAUCCAGAGCGUAUAGUAGAUUCUUCUAAGUCUAGCACAUCAGUAAUGUUUUCUGGAAGAGCAAGUGGAAUGCUACUGCCUCUUUAUAUAACUUAUAAGGCAGCCCAUCUGUAUGACUCUUGGACAGAGAAUGGUCCAGCAGGCACUGUGUAUAAUAGAUCGAAGAGCGGGUGGUUCACUCUGGAAAUUUUGAAAACUGGUUUCAGAGAUUAGCUUUGUCCUACUUUAAAAAUUUGACAGUGAUGCCAAGAAGGUUUUGAUAGGAGACAAUUUGUCAAGUCACAUCUCUGUCCAUAUUAUUGAAGAAUGCAACAAAAAUAACAUCAAGUUUGUACUGCUACCUCCUAACAGUACAUACUUCACGCAGCCUUUAGAUGUGGCAUUCUUUAGGCCAUUAAAAAUAAAAUGGCGCCAGACUUUGACAGAGUGGAAAGAGGCUAAUCGUGGCUCUAUUCCAAAAGACAGGUUUCCAAGACUUCUGAAAAAGUGCCUUAAUGCUUAGGGAGAGGAAAACAUAAGCAAAAACUUAAAAAGUGGUAUUAAGGCAGCUGGUAUUGUACCUUUAGACCAAAAUGAAAUUCUGAAAAGGCUUCCUGAUGGUGAUGCCACUGCAGUAUCUGAAGAGCUUAAUUCAAGCAACAACUGGACUGAUUCUAUCAAAACCUUUUUUGGAAAAAGUAGGAAGAGAGAGACCGAACCUCUUAAACAGCGGAAGAAAAGGAAAGUUAAUGACCCAGCAGGAAAGAGGAUUAAAGGGAUUGAAGACACAAUUCUGAUCAAUGAUGAUGAUCCUCAACCAAAUAGGUCCAAUACACCCAAUACCAAAACAAAGGAAAACCACAGCAAACUAAAGACUUUGAAACAUAAUAAGAAACUUGCGAAUUCCGACUCAUUUGAUGAUAGUGAUGACCAGUAUUCUUUGAUAGACUCUAAUUCAGAUAUGGAUCCAGAAACAUUUAGUGACCUGGAAUCGGAGAUACCAGUAGAUCUACAACUAUAAAAAACAACUAAUGACGAACCCCCCAAAAUAGGAGUCUCUAAAUGAGAACUUAAACCUGAUAUUUACAUCAUUAUUGAGCUCAUCUUUGAUAAGAACACAAAAAAAACAACCACCAAACAGUUCAAUUCAGUUCUUUUCAACAUUAAAGAAUUGCGUCGUAUCAAAAGACAAAUAAAUUAUAAACUGAUAUUUCACGAACUAUACUUUCUUUAUAUGUAAUAAUUUUUCAGGCUGCCAUGAUGAAUUGAAACAGCAAGUAUUAGUAUUAUAAUUUUUUAAUUUUUUUUUUAAAUUAUAGUUCCUGGAAAUAAAACAUAGCAUUGCGUAACCAGAGUUUUUUUAUUUUAUUUUUUUACGUUUUGCAAUUCAAUUGUCUUGUUGUAGUAUAAAUUGUUGUAGCCUAAUUUUACUUUUAUUAAAACAAUUAGUUAAAAAGUCGAAUAUCAUGGU